CGGGUUUAUGCGAUGGAAAGAGACAUUAUAUUUCAAAGAAAAAGGGUACGACUGUAGCGGUCAGAAUAUUUUUAGCCGCAGGUGCCAAACUAUUAACGUUGAGGUUGUAUUCGAUGAUUUUGAGAUUACAAAUAUAACUUAUAUUCCAAAGUUCGAGAGUCUGGAACUAUUCAGCGUCAUUGGAGGGUACAUGGGAAUGUAUUUAGGAGUUUCUAUCGUUGCAUUUUACGACUUCGCUGAAUUGACAAUUGGAGCCAUUUAUAGUGUUGUAAAAAAGCGCAGAAUCGCUAAGAAGAAAUUGAAAGAACAACAAAAGAAUGCUAUAUGGUACAUUGAUGCAGCUACAGAAGAUAUAACAGAAAACAGACUUCGAAAGAGAAAUAAGAUCAGAAAUAUUUAUGCAUAAAACGGAUGUCGUCGAAUACUUUUAUUGAAGAGGCAAGUGCUUAUUCCUGUGAUGAUCGUCACGGCGAAUUUCCUGUGCAAAUGCUAUUUUUUCUGCAAAUCAUCAACCAUACUGCAUCUUGCAUUUUAAAUGAAUAUCUAAUUGUAAUAAAGUAUGAUACUUUUUUUAUGGAAAAAAUUACAACAGAAGUCUUAACAAAUCAAGCAUCGCAAAAAAUUUUCUACAUUAGCUUAAAUAUAUCUGAAAAUAUACAAUUCAAAUAAUCCAAUUUCUCUUUGACUGUAUGGUAAAAAUUAUCCUAAUUUUAAUUUAUUUAUAUCAAGACAAUAAUUCCAUAAUGUAAUAAAAAAUAGUAUUUACUUUUAUCUGUGAAUUUGCGAUUCUAUUUCGAAAAGUACCAUGGAGUAAAAAUCUUCCAACAUUUUAAAUAAUUCAGAAUUUUUGUGCAAUGCCCUUAUAUGCAUGCAUGCGUACAUAUUUCCAGAAAAGUUCAUAAACAUAGCAUAUAAAAAAUGCAGUGUAACUGAUAUAUCGAACUUCUACUUAUCGAAAAUACUACAUAUCGAAUGUUUUCAGAAAUCUUGGGAAAACAAUUUUUGUAUGUCAAUAGGAUCAGUUAAUUAGGAAUAAAUUGUGCAUAUUUUGUCCAUUUCCCCAAAUUUAAAUGAUCGUAGAAGA